UAUAAUAUCUAUACACUGGGAACUUCUGGAAAAUCAGUUGCUUAGGUAAAUCAAAAUGCGGUGUUGUUCGGAAAGAAGAGAAGAGCGGGCGCCCAUGUAUUUUGAGGACCGGUAUAGCCGUCGGAUCUUCAUCAGUAGGGUUUUGAUGAUAGUGGCCAUUAACUUGCUCAUGACUACGCUGAUAUUGACUUUUUGUGUGUUCCACAUGGGAGCGAGGAAGUUCCUACUGAAGCACUGGUACAUAGGGUUGGUCGGAAUCGUUAUUAUAUUGAUAUUUUCCUUUUUGAUGUGCUGCUGCUCCUUCCUGUUCCGGAGCUCGCCAUGCAAGUACAUAUUACUGGUAAUAUAUGUGUUGGCCCAUGCCUGUGUGGUUUGCUCUGCAGGGGUUCGAUAUCAACCGAAACUCGUUUUUAUAGCCGUGGCCAGCUGUGCUGCCAUUGUGGUGUUGCUGUUUCUCUUCGCAAGAUUUGCACCUUGCGAUUUCACCGGAUGCUGGAUCUUCGUUUUCGUAUUAUCUCUAGUAGUUAUGAUCAUGGGAAUAGUGGCCAUUUUCUUCCCAACCAUACGCAUAGUGUACGCAUCGCUUGGAGUACUCCUAUUCUGCGUGUAUAUAGUGAUUGAUAUCCAAUUGAUAAUUGGCGGCAGGACCCACAAAAACCAGUUCGACGAGUCGGAUUAUGUAUUGGCUGCCAUGAUGCUAUACAGCGACAUUGUAUUCCUCUUCCUGUUUUUACUAGACCUAAUUGGCUUGAUAGAUGCAUAAAAAUAAAUGGGUUUAUAUAGGCUUAAAAACAUUUUUUACU